AUGAGAUCUCUAGCAUAUUUCGCAGCUUCUCUCUCCCUUCUCGCGGGACUUGCUACAGCACAGCUCCCUCCAGCAGAAGUUUUCAGAACCGACUUUAACUCGUCCUUUACAUUUACCCCAGCCCAAAUCAAGGCCGCCCAACUUGAUGACGCCCUCGCCGAGAGCGCCCAGAAUGUCCUCAAUUUUGAGAGAUCCCAACUGGCCUUUGGCGGACCCCUAGAGGAUGACUUCUAUACCCUCCCUCCUCUGACAAACGAGACCGGUCCUCUCGAGCCUGGUCAGAUCCUCAAGAUCCAGGCCUUCACUGACCCCACCGCCUAUUCGAUCCCGUCCAACACUGCACUCUCGCGCAUCAUCUACACCACGACCAACUUUAACGGGACUGUUAUCCCGGCUUCUGGUUUCAUUCUAUGGCCCUAUACUCCUCGCAGGUUCGGAAAGAGCAAGAAAGCUUCCGUCGUGAUCUGGGCCCAUGGAACGUCCGGUUUCUUCGCCUCUCAAGCACCCUCUGCUGAUCGGGGCCUUUGGUACUCCAACUCAGCACCUUUCACUCUCGCCCAGGCUGGAUACGCCGUCUUUGCCCCCGAUUUCGCAGGCUUGGGUAUCUCCAAGUCAUGGGACGGCAGCGAGAUCCCUCACCAAUACCAUGCCUCUCCCACCACAGCUCGCGAUUCCCUCUACGGUCUGCGCGCCGCAUUGGAAGCUUUCCCCGACAGACUGGGCCAUGAAUUUAUCGUUAUGGGCCACAGCCAAGGCGGUGGAGUCGCUUGGGCCGUCGCUGAGGCUCUCGCCAACGAGAAGGACAAGUUUGCAGACCUCUCUCCAGGCUACAGGGGAGCCGUCGCCGGUAGUCCUACCACUGCUAUCUUUGGCGGACCUUCUCCUUUUAUUCUUCCCUCUGUUGGCCAAAUGCUUCACUCCAUCUUCCCCGACUUUAAACUCGAGGAUUGGUUGACUCCCCUGGGCAUCGCUCGGAUAGAACUAGCCAGAGAAGUUCAAGGUGGCGUCGCAUUCUUUCAGCAACUCUUCCUCACAACCCAGACUGUUUUCAGGUCCGACUAUGACCAGUCUUGGUACGUCGAUGCCUUUUCCAAGCUCGGCGACGCGGGGCGCAAGGACUUUAAGGGCCCUCUACUUGUUCUCCAGGGAAUAGAAGACGCCUAUGUCUUGUACAACAUCACGGCCAAGACUGUCAAGGAUACCUGGAGGCUGUAUCCCGACCAUGACCUCGAGUUCCUUGUUGCCUCAGGAGUGAGCCAUGUUCCCGACCUUGAUGCAACUCGACACCUCUGGUUGAAAUGGAUCGAAGAGCGAUUCGAGGGGAAGCCUCUUGCAAAGAAGGGUAGUGUUAGGACUGAUCUGGAGAGUUUCUUGCCGAUUGAGCAGUAUCAAAGCACCGUCAAGUCGUUCCCCCAGUGGGCUGGAUUGCCUCAGUAUAGCUACCAGGUUCCACUUGCUGUUUGA